AUGGCGAGGGACAGAGAUAAGAGCACUCCAGCACAUCUUUCCUAUGCUUCCGGCCAAUAUGGCGUGGCUCAUGUCAUUCUCGAUCCUACUCAACGGAAAAUGCAUCUACCGCAUGGCCCAGCAGAACAUUAUCAAACAGAUCUAAUUAACGCAAAGGGAAAGGCGGGGAGACCUUUCUGCAUCUGGCCGCCCAAAAGAAACAGGAGAGAUGAUGUUAAAUGGCUGUUGGGGCUCAAGGCAUCCCGGACAUUCUAUCCGACAAAAAAUUGA